GAGCCCAUGAGCUACAAAGGAUGGUGGCGUAACAAGCGGCUCGUCAAUAAUACACGUAAAUCACUUCACGCCUAGAAAAAGGAAUAAAAGAGCCGAGGAAGGCUUCGACUCCACACGUGCCCAUGGCGAUGACACAUAGGUACCAACAGUAGCACCGAAGAGACAUGAUUGAUUCCAGCCACACCAAGAUAUCGAGGCAACUCUUACACCUGCUCUUCACGUCGCUGGUAUUUUCCACCGAAGACAUCUUUGCCAUGACUGACACCAGUGGCCAAGACAUAGUCAGUGAAGAUUAUCAAGAGCUCAGCGUAAGGGCUUCUUCGACACCCUACAAUGGAGACCCUCAAUCAUCGGCAACCCCCGAAGAAAUUCCAAAUAGACGUACAUUGAAGUAUAUGCCGAGCACGCCUCAUCCAAACCGCCGGGUUCAAACCUAUAGGCUGCCCAGGCACGUCUAUCCAGUGAAUUACACCCUCCAUAUCUCAGUUAAUAAAGACAUCUCGAGUGAGCACUUCGAAGGUCAAGUUCGUAUGUUGCUCAGGUGCACGGAGAGUACCCGUAUCCUUCAUUUCCACGCAAGUCCUGACAUGAAACUGGGCGACAUGUCCGUCGAAACUGCAAUCAAUUUUGGGUUUUACGAGGUCAACAUCCGCAAAGUCACCCGAGAGGAUGACGUCGUGUCCUUGCGUUUGGACGAACGGCUUGAAUGCGACACCUACCACGUACUAACCGUGUAUUUCACCAUGAACUUCGUUUCCAAAUAUGGCAUAGGGUUCUACAAGGACUCCAUGGAGAGCAGCAAGCUAUUGGUGACCUUCUUCGAGCCGAACGGAGCACGGAACGCUUUUCCUUGCUUGGACGAACCGAAGAUGAAGGCAUCCUUCAUUAUCAGUGUCCUGCAUCCUGCGUUCCUGACUGCCAGAAGUAAUAUGCCUCUGGAGUCUUCUACAGAAAGUGCCAAUGGGAUGGUUCUGGACACCUUCCAGCAGUCGCCCAUGAUGUCCACGUAUACAGUCGGUUGGGCCUUAACAGAUUACAGGAACACAACAAAAGGAAGGGUUACCAUCUGGGACGAUCGAAGCCGUGGCGAGGAAGAGGUUCACAAUUCCCUGGAUCUCUUUUGUCGAGCAUUGGAUUACUUUGAGGACUUCAUUGGGAUCAACUACACGCUACCAAAGCUUGAUGUCAUUGCCGUGAAGGCACAAAGGUACAACGCUAUGGAGAACUGGGGUAUGGUAACAGUCAGAGACAGCUACCUGUUCCACCCCAGUGUCAGUGUCAUCGUACACGAAGUUGCUCAUCAGUGGUUCGGGAACAUGAUGACUAUGACUUGGUGGAAUGACAUUUGGGUGCAGGAGGCUCCGGCAUAUUAUUUCGGCAUCAUGGGAGCACAACUUUUGGUGCCAGAAGUUGAUUACAUGUCAGAACUGGUGUUGAACCUGUUCACGGAAGAGACCUUCCACGACUCACGGCCGACCCUCUUUUCCGAGCACACUUUCCACGGUGAACAAGUCAAUGAGGACUUAAGAGCAGCCCUGGAAUACAGUUUCAAAACAAGGCCUUAUUACCUACUGAGGAUGAUCCACUUCCUGCUUGGCAACGAGGAAUUCAGAGCAACUUUGGCGGGUGUGGUGAUGGAAUACAACGGGAAGACUCUGAACGGAUAUGAAUUUUUGGUGUCGAUGACUGCAGAACAGAGAAGACAGCCGCCAGUAGACAUCUUCACACAUAUGCUUCCAUGGUAUGAAAGCGACGGAAUCCCGGAAUUGCUCUUCCAGAGAAACUACGGCAACAAUACAGUAACCGUGAGCCAGAAGCCCCACAAGAACAGCAAGCCGCACGUCUACCAUAUACCAAUGGUCUACAACGACAACAGGACUCAAAAUAUCUUUGAACCGCUCAGGUACGACGAGAUCAUCUGGCUUACCACCGAGCAAGGUAUUAUCGAAGAUGGCCGUAACGAUGAAACGGCCAUUCUUCUCAAUCCGGGCAUGAUUGGCUACUUCGUCAUUAACUACGACGAUCGUAACUGGGCCCUCGUUGGUCAAUAUCUGACAGCGAAUCCGCAGAUGGCAGACCCGUUCCUGCUGCGACAGCUAUACUACAGCGCUAACAUCUUCUAUGAGCGCAAUGAAGCCAGCGUUGAAAGCUUCCUAUGGCUUUGGGAAUAUUUUUCAACCGUCAGUGACCUGGAGGUGUGGAGCGAAAUUGAAUACGAUUUUAAUAAAAAGGACAUGUACCUGAUUGGAUUCAAGUUUGGGAAGCAAUACAAUGCUAGGCUUGUGCAGAUCUGGAAUAGUACAGGCCAGACGUUGAACUUCAACUCGUUUAAAAUAUCAGCAAUGCGCGAUGACAUCGAGAACUACGCUAAAAAAGCUCUGUGCACAAUGGACUACGGCCCCUGUGUUCGCACCAUGCUUGCGCUUUGGCGCAAGAGUGGAUCAAAAUUCAACAAGCUCACACCGUUCAUCAGGUGGUCAAUAUCAAACGGUGUUAACCCAGAAAGCAUCCUUUGCGUCGUCGUACGACAUGGCGGGAAAAAAAUUGUCACGAAAAUCACCAGAUGGAUGAAAGACAGAAGCGCAAGCAAGAUGGAACGAACCCUUGCCGCUCAUGCACUCAUGUACUCGAGGAACAACUCCAUCGUCAGAACGGCUAUUCGUCACGCCAUCUUCACUGAUCUUCGUUGGUACGGAUCGGGAAAUAUAAAUCGGUACACAUACCGUGUUCAGAGGAUCAUCCUGGAUGUAUUUUUCCAGCUGCUAAGCGAGGAUACUAGGUGUGGUACCAAUAACUUAAAGGUCACAGCCUGGUACAUCCGUACGUACAUGGAAACUGACACGGAUGUCCAAAAGUACGAAAGGCUGUUGCGGGAGAAGUUCCCUACAUUAGAGAAAGAAGUGACCAGGAUGGUGGAGGAGGCGAGAAGGACCUUACAGCAAAAGGAAAGAGAUUAUCCCGCCUUCAAGCGAUGGCUCCACCGAGAACUGCCACCUUUGAGAUAACUCUAUUCAUAAUAAAUCAGUUAUUUACGUGCA